UUAGACAGCAUCUUUAAAAAAUAAAAGCAGCAUCUAAUUUUAAAAAAUACCAGAGAUAGAUAUUAUUGCGCCGAACUAUAAAGUAGUCCUUCUUUUCCGACAAGUCCCGGCGAGGAAGCGACGUCUCGCAGGAGAUUAAAGUUAAAUAAAAUGGCACGCCCACUAAUAUCUGUAUACAAUGAGAAGGGAGAGUCCUCUGGUAGUAAUGUGUCUCUGCCAGCAGUGUUCAAGGCUCCUAUCAGGCCAGACAUUGUUAGCUUUGUCCACUUUGAGAUGAAGAAAAACAGUCGUCAGCCAUAUGCUGUCAGCAAGAAAGCAGGACAUCAGACAUCUGCUGAAUCUUGGGGUACUGGUAGAGCUGUUGCCCGUAUUCCACGUGUACGUGGUGGCGGUACUCACAGGUCUGGUCAGGGAGCCUUCGGUAACAUGUGUCGAGGUGGUAGAAUGUUUGCCCCAACAAAGACAUGGCGCAGAUGGCACAGAAAGAUCAACACAAACCAGAGGAGAUACGCUUUGUGCUCAGCUAUUGCUGCUUCAGGCAUCCCAGCACUUGUUAUGUCAAAGGGACACAAAAUUGAAGAGAUUCCAGAAGUACCACUCGUUGUCAGUGACAAAGUUGAAGAAUACAAAAAGACAAAAGAAGCUGUCCAACUUUUGAAAAGAUUAAAAGCCUGGCAAGACAUUUUAAAGGUCUACAAUUCUAAAAGGUUCCGAGCAGGAAAAGGAAAAAUGAGGAACAGAAGAAGAAUACAGCGUCGAGGACCUCUUAUUAUUUAUAACCAAGAUAAUGGUUUAUCAAGAGCUUUUAGAAAUAUACCUGGUAUCACACUAAUAAAUGUUGCAAGGUUAAAUCUUCUGAAAAUUGCACCUGGAGGUCAUGUUGGCAGAUUCUGUAUUUGGACCCAAUCGGCUAUUAACAAACUUGACAGCAUUUACGGUACCUGGAAAACGGCAUCAAAAGAAAAGAAUAAUUAUAAUCUACCAGCUACAAAGAUGACCAACACAGAUUUGAAUCGUCUUUUGAAGAGUGAUGAAAUACAGGCAGUUCUAAGAGCACCAAUAAAGGAGAAUAAACGAAGAAUUCUUAAGAAGAACCCACUGAAGAACUUGCGUGUAAUGAACCGUCUGAACCCGUAUGACAAGGUGAUGCGUAAAGCAGCCAAGGAGCAAGAGCAGCGUCGUAAACGUGCCAGAGAUGGGGUUGUCGAUGCUAAACGCGGGACUGCAGCUGCUGCUAAGAAGCCAGCAGCAAAGAAACCCGCAGCCAAGAAGGCAGCAGCAAAGAAGUAAUUCAACACUCGUAGACUUGAAGGACAAUACCUUUAUUACAGAACUAGACUGAAUUUUGAUGAAAUAUUUUUCACUUUAAAAACAAUCCUGUGCCUAUCUUCUAUCUUCUUGAAGUGCAGUGUGUGUUAAAUAUUGUAAAGUGCUAACAUUAUAAUUGUCCUAAAGUCUUGUUGAAUAAACUUGCUGCAACUGGAA